UGUGGGGUCUGUGUGUGUAUCGCUUGGCUGCUGGAUACUCUGAGGCGCCGCCGACCUUUGAUACAUUUCAGCUGAACGUCUGUUACAAGUUAGUGGGUGGGAGCGGUGUGUAGCUGCUCGCUGCAAAGCCCCCGAGAACCAUGGCUUCUCGGCUCCCCCUGCGUGUCUACUACGACCUCCUAUCCCAACCCUCCAGGGCUGUGCUGAUGUUCCUGAAAUGUACCGGGAUCCCACACGUCGAAAGGCCGGUGGCUCUCCGGAGAGGUGAGCAGAAAAGUGAGGAGUUUACUAAACUGAAUCCAAUGCAGAAAGUGCCUGUGAUCGUCGACAAUGGAUUUGUUCUCACUGAGAGUGUGGCCAUCUUGAAGUACCUGGCAACAAAGUAUGACGUCCCUCAGUUCUGGUAUCCUCGAGACGUGUUUCUCCGGGCAAAGGUGGAUGAAUACCUGGCAUGGCAGCACCUCAAUGUGAGGCUUCAUGCAGCUAAAGUCUUCAUCCUGGAGGUUUUGAUUCCCAACAUGUCAGGCCAGCCAGUGGAUAAGGUCAAGUUGAACAAGGCUCUGACUGAAUUAAACUCAACUUUGGACGUUUUAGAAUCGAUGUUUCUGAAGAACCAGCCCUUCCUUUGUGGUGAGGAGAUUACGGUAGGAGAUCUGUCAGCCAUCUGUGAACUAAUGCAGCCGCUUGGAGCUAAUCGUGACAUACUUAAAGAUCGUCCGAAGUUGGUUGCCUGGCACAACAGAGUACGCUCAUUUGUAGGAAAACCAUUUGAUGAGGUGCAUUCCUUCCUUUAUCAACUGAGAAAUAAAGCCAGACUUUAAAGCUUAACCACCUUAAAAUUCAGCAAAUUUCACUGGGACUCUUGGUAUUAUUAAUUCAUUCUUCUAAACUAGGCCUUUUUAAGCAGUUAAAUUUGUGAAAUGUACUAGUAGCUUUAAUAGCAUUAAGCACCUAUUUUCAGAAAACUUUCUGGCAUACUGGUUUAACAUUAACAAGGUAGAAUCAACUCUAACAGAACAUAUGGUGAAGAGUGAACUCAGCUGUUACUAUUGGAA